CUCUUCUUCACCCUCCGUCCAUCUUCAUCAAACUACAGUGCAGUCAUGGCCACCGCCAACGUUGCCCCGAAGCAUGCCUUGACGAGCCUGGAAAAUCCCCAGGUCGUACACUAACAGUCGCCUGUCGACACCAUCUCCCGUCUGCCCCCCAACUCCCCCGCUUUAUCCAUCAAGCUAGACGCCCAGGCACCAUUCCUUGCCAUCCACAGCCUCUUCGACUAUCUGCGCUCUCACCCGGAAGAUGCCACGAUGCUCAACGCAACUUAUCCCCACCGGGGCGUCUUCAAGACAGCAGCCCGUCACAACAAGUCCUCGGAUCAGAAAUUCACCAUCGAUCUAUCGUCCAAUCGUGCCUCUCUUAUUCCCCCUCCCCUCCACGAAAGUAUAGCCACCCACGGUCUAGACUCCAUUCUCACCUUCUUCAACACCCUCCGCGCCGACUACGUUCCCUCCAUCCUCUCCUGCCUCGGCCUUGUUGCCGGUACCGAUCUUGCUGCCGCCCACCAAGACGGUAACCUGAAUUUCCGUCUGUGCGACUACAAUCCGGAUACAGCGGACCCAGAGUGCUCCAACGGCUGUGGUGCCCACACUGAUUAUGGAACCUUCAGCAUUAUCUUCCAGGAUGGCACAGCGGGUCUUGAGCUCGAAGAUGCCGACGCCCCGGGCACAUGGCACCCUGUCCCCGGAGACGCCACGGUCUUUCUGACGGGGUGGUGCGCUGUUGUUUUGAGCGGGGGGCGUAUCCGUGCUGCCAGACACCGCGUUCGCCGGACCCCGGGGGUCCGUCGGCUCAGCGCUGUCUUGUUUGUUGCGCCGGAUCUUGAUGCUAAGUUGAGGCCCCUUGAGGGUGUUCAGGCUGUCUGGCCCUUCUCGGAAUAUAUCAAGGAGGGAAAUGUUGAUGUGAGGUCUUUCAAGGAGGUCAUGGGGCAAAGAUGGAGGUAUCGGGAGGGGAACGAGAAGUUGGACGAUAACGAUGCGGAGUUUACUCAGGACAGUGUGAUUGAGAAGUUGAUCUGGGGCUAACCCAGUCUGUUAUUCUGAGAAAAUAAAUGCAUAGAGUAGCCGGGACUACUCCGAACGCUCAUUAGAAUCAAGAAGAAAUACAACAAGACAGAGUGGUGAAUACGAAGUGAUCGUCAAAUUGG